AGCGUGUCUCGCGAAGCCGCCACUGUGCAGCCCGCAGCGCCGCGCGCCACCGAGCCUCGCCGAUGCAGAGAUUUUUAUUACAAAAACGAACUGCUGAUACAACCCCAAAAUGUUACUUUUUAUCGCAUCAGCAGUAACGACUGUGAUAUUUUUUGGAUAUAUUCCAUUGCAAGCAGACUGCGGCAAUCCUACGUAUUUUAAUAUUGGUGGCGUCUUAAGCAAUAACGACAGUAUAUUUAACUUCCAGCAGACUAUUUCCAACCUGAACUUUGCGGAGCAUAUAGUGCCGAAAGGCAUCACGUACUAUGCGACUGCAAUGCAGAUGGAUCCAAAUCCAAUACGAACAGCCCUUAGUGUGUGCAACCUCCUCAUAGCACAAAGAGUGUAUGCAGUAAUUGUCUCUCACCCGUUGACUGGUGACCUUUCUCCUGCCGCCGUGUCCUAUACAAGUGGAUUUUAUCACAUUCCUGUGAUUGGAAUUUCUUCAAGAGAUUCAGCAUUCUCCGACAAGAAUAUUCAUGUAUCGUUCCUGCGUACAGUGCCUCCAUAUUCACACCAAGCCGACGUGUGGGUGGAACUGCUGAAGCAUUUCAACUACAAAAAAGUUAUUUUCAUACACAGCUCUGAUACUGACGGGCGAGCACUGCUUGGCCGUUUCCAGACAACAUCGCAAAGCCUCGAAGAUGAUGUAGAAAUUAAAGUGCAGGUCGAGUUUGCAAUAGAGAUUGAACCGGGACUUGACAGCUACACGGAUUAUUUGACAGAAAUUAAAGGCGCACAGUCACGAGUCUUUCUUAUGUAUGCAAGCAAACAGGAUUCUGAAGUGGUGUUUCGUGAUGCUGAGUUACUAAACAUGAUGGAAGUUAACUACGUCUGGAUUGUGACAGAACAAGCACUUGAAGCUCCAAACGUCCCAAUGGGUACACUAGGGCUAAAACUAGUGAAUGCUACAGUAGAAACAGAUCACAUUAAGGAUAGUAUCUAUGUGCUGGCAUCAGCUCUAAAAGCAAUGAAUCAAACGGAGAACAUAACGGAAGCUCCAAACGACUGCGACACGUCUGGCUCUAUCUGGGAAACUGGAAAAAUAUUAUUUGAGUACAUACGAAAGCAGGAAUUACUUGAUGGAGCUACAGGAAAGGUGGCAUUUGAUGACAAUGGUGAUCGUAUUAAUGCUGAAUAUGAUAUUGUUAAUGUCCAAGAGAACCAACGCAAAGUCUCAGUUGGAAAAUAUUUUUACUCGCACGAGCAGAAUCGAAUGAAGCUGAAAGUGAACGAUAGCAACAUACUGUGGCCAGGAGCGACCCAUGCAAAACCAGAAGGCUUCAUGAUCCCUACUAACCUAAAAGUGCUUACCAUAGAGGAGAAGCCUUUUGUGUACGUGCGAGAGCUUGUGCACGAAGGAGACACGUGUACACCGGAAGAAAUACCUUGUCCGCAUUUCAACUCUACAGAGGAAGUCUUCUGCUGUAAAGGAUUCUGCAUGGAUCUCUUAAGGGAGCUAGCACGGAACAUAAAUUUUACAUACAAUCUGACAUUGUCACCAGACGGCCAGUUUGGUAGUUACAUCAUCAAGAACAGCUCAGCUGGAGGAAAGAAAGAAUGGACAGGACUUAUUGGAGAAUUGGUAAAUGAUAGGGCAGACAUGAUUGUUGCACCACUCACCAUAAAUCCAGAGAGAGCAGAAUUCAUUGAAUUCAGCAAGCCUUUCAAAUACCAAGGAAUAACAAUUCUAGAAAAAAAGCCUUCCCGCUCGUCAACACUUGUUUCAUUUCUACAACCAUUCAGUAAUACCUUGUGGAUCUUAGUUAUGGUAUCAGUGCAUGUAGUUGCUUUGGUACUCUAUCUCCUGGAUCGUUUCUCACCUUUUGGCCGCUUCAAGCUAGCUAACAAUGAUGGAACUGAGGAGGAUGCUCUAAACUUGUCCAGUGCAAUAUGGUUUGCCUGGGGAGUGUUGCUGAAUAGUGGAAUUGGUGAAGGUACACCCAGAAGUUUCUCAGCACGUGUCCUUGGCAUGGUAUGGGCUGGUUUUGCUAUGAUAAUUGUUGCCUCGUACACUGCCAAUCUGGCUGCCUUCCUAGUGUUAGAAAGACCUAAAACAAAGCUUACAGGAAUAAAUGAUGCAAGGUUAAGGAAUACUAUGGAGAACUUAACAUGUGCAACUGUAAAGGGGUCAGCUGUAGAUAUGUACUUCAGAAGGCAAGUUGAACUGUCAAACAUGUAUCGUACUAUGGAAGCAAAUAACUAUGAUACUGCAGAAGAGGCAAUAAGGGAUGUUAAGCAAGGAAAACUAAUGGCUUUUAUAUGGGACAGCUCACGUUUAGAAUUUGAAGCAGCCCAAGACUGUGAACUUGUGACUGCUGGAGAGCUCUUUGGUCGAUCUGGAUAUGGAAUUGGACUUAAGAAAGGCUCACCCUGGGCUGACUCAGUCACUCUUGCCAUUUUAGACUUUCAUGAAAGUGGUUUCAUGGAAAGUUUGGAUAAUCGUUGGAUCCUGCAAGGAAAUUUACAACAGUGUGAACAGUUUGAAAAGACACCUAAUACCUUAGGUUUGAAAAACAUGGCAGGUGUUUUCAUACUAGUUGCUGCUGGAAUAGUUGGUGGUAUUGGGCUUAUAAUAAUUGAAAUGGCCUAUAAGAAACAUCAGAUACGGAAACAAAAGAGAAUGGAACUAGCUCGCCAUGCUGCAGACAAAUGGAGAGGUGCCAUUGAGAGAAGAAAAACACUAAGAGCAACUGUUGCAGCUCAAAGAAGGCUUAAAGCAAAUGGAGUGAAUGAUCCAGCAACAGUAAGUUUAUCAGUAGACGCUCUGCCACAACUGGAAGCCAGAAGUCCAGCAAGAGCAUGGCCUGGCGGUUGUGAUGUAAGGCAACGUGGAUCAAGAACUGAUGAAAUAAGAGUUGCCACUACUGCCCAGAGCAAUCCAGCUUAUACCUCCAAUCUCCCUGACAUGAUAGUAUAGAAAUACUGUAAGUGGAAGUGGAGAAACUAUGUAUCACACAAUCACUCUUGUGCACAAAACUUAUUUGAAUUUACUGAUUUUUAUAUAUUUAUUGUAUGUUAAGUAGCUCUGAAAUUCAUACAAUUGAAUACAAUUAAAACACCAAGGUUGUGCAUUAUAUCAUGGAUAAAUACGAAUUCAUCAUCCCUCCCUUCUUCCCCCCAUCCCCUACCCCCUCUGCCCUGCCCUCUCCCCCUGCCGCCUCCUCUCCUCCUCAUCAGUCAUCUUCAUUUUGCAGUGAUUAGAUCAUUUACCUACUACAUCAUAUUCAUAGCAUUAAUUCCUAGAUAUAGCAAUCCAGCAACAGAAAAAAAAAUUUAGAAAAUAUAUUGUAAUUGACAGGUUAAACUUACUACCAACUUUACAUUAGAAAUCCUUUGUAUCAGUACUGAUUAAGUGUGUUUAAGAAAUCAGUUCAUUUUUGUUUACUGCGAUAUUUUUUACAAUUACUGAUCAUGAGCAUUUAGUGCCAACUUAGGAAUAGACUAUAUUGCUGGAAGAUACCACUGCCCAUAAAUAUGUAUAGAUGCAUAUGCUUAUAUACAUUUACAAAAUGAACUGAUGCUGGAGCUGGCUCUAGUAUAAAUUUUCUCUGUUGCAUAAAAUAAAA